GCUCGUGGGUCUCCGUAUGCAGCAACCUCCAAGUGGUGAGACCUGGAAAUCGAUAUUACUUGCAAUACAUAAAAAAUGUAAGUAAUGUAAGUACUGUCGAGCUAAUGGCUGCAUUUAAAUUCAAUCAAAAUUUAUUACGUCUUACGAUGAUUGUUUCUAUUUUUCCAUAUUGUUCAUUUAUCGUGUCAAUGAAGAUAUAAAUAGAUUGUUUUAUUAUUUAAUGCAUUCAUUAUUCUAUUUGUUUUGAAAUUAUAUACAAGCGGAUAUGCAAUAUAAUAUUUUUUUAUCGAUAUGUAUAAUGAAAUUAUAUAUAAUAUAUAUGUAUUUCCUUUUGCAGUAUUCUAGGCGCAAUGUAUCUAUACGACAAACACCAAUAAGAUCGAUAUGUAAAAAUCUACUUUACCAUCACUUAAUAAUUAGGAAUGUUUUCAUCGCUACCGAUAAGUACAUUCCUGUUUUACCAUUCUACCAUCGAUAACUAUAUUCCUGUUUUAUCUUCUCAUAUUAUCUAUUUUUUGUAUUUCGACUCGUGUUAUCAAUGAAGAUAUAAAUAAUGUUAUUAUUUAAUGCAUUCAUUAUUGUAUCUGUUUUAAAAUCAUAUACAUAAAUUUAGAAAUAAAAUGCGUACUCUGUGAUAAUAGCUAUCCAGCGUGUAUAUAACUAUAAAACUUUUAUUAUUACCGAAUAUUUUAACGUUACGGUUUAAAUUUUACGGAUAAAUGUGUAGGUGUUACGGAAAGUCAAUAUACGGAAAGUCAAUAUAAUUUAUUUAUACUUUCGUCUUACAUACGUAUCUAUUUUGUGUAAAAUGCGAGUGAGCAUUCACCUGUAGGAAGCAUUUACAUCGAUACGAUGUAUCGAAAGAAGAGAUAAGGUUUUUCUAACGCGCUUUUAGUUCAUUUUUUCUCCGCAUUCGUCGCUGAAGUUGCACAUGUCUCUAGGGAUAUUGGUUCACAGCCUUAACUGUUGCUAUAAUAAACGAUUCAAUUUGAAUUAAAUUCGAUGCUGUAAACGGUUGAAUGCUGACAUUUUAUUAUCUACUUAAUAAUGGCUUUACGUCGACGUCGAAGAGAUGAUUUCACCCAUUCUUUGAAUAAUUUUCAAUCACAUAAUUCAUUAAAACCAAUUGUCAGAAAAAAAUGCGACAUUAAUUUAUCUGAAGAUACAAGUAUUGGGAAUAAUGAAUUUACGAUACAAAACGACAAGGAGAAUUAUUCGCCAAUAUCUCAGAACAAAAGAAGCGAUAAAUCAUACAAAAAAUUUGAUAAUGUACUGUUUGUACUGGAUAGCAAAUUAAAUCCAACAGAAGCCAGUUUAACGAAACAAGAAAUCUAUAAGCGGCUUUCUGAAAAGUAUGUUUCUUCGCCACAACAAUUUACUGAAAGAUUAAUAACUAUUAUAGAAGAGUCUAUUAUAAACAGUACCAUUAAUGCGAGCAAUAACUCUCUUAUUAAUUUUAAUAAAAUAAGUAAGGAGUUGAAUAAAAUGUCUAAUAACAUAGAAAAUGAAUCAAUGCCAGAAAAAAUGCUUUCUUCGACAAUAAAUAUAUCGCCAAGUAGAGAAAUAUCGAAAAUUGCAAAUUCUACUAAUUCUAUUAACUCUACUCAAAUUACAAAUGAUAAAUAUUCUUCGGAAGUACAAUCAUUAUUAUCCAUACAUCCAGAUUCUUACAAAAUGAAAACACCAAGUCCAGUUAACACAGGCAAGAAAGUAUAUCGUAAGACACCAAUAAAUAUUUUUAAAUCAAAAAACAAGAAAUUACGUGAUGUAUCUGUUAUACCAUCUAUUUCAUCCGAUUCAUCAUUCGAGUAUCUAGAAGCUCAAUGUGAAAGAUUAUUUCCUAAUGAAAAAAAAAAUCUUGUAUCCGUGCCUACCGUGCAAGAUAGUAGUUUGUUAAGUAUGGAUCAUGUUUUUACAAUUUGUGAACAACAGAUGGCUUCGUUAAACAGUACAGAUGAUAUAAAAAUUCGAAAGAAAAAUGAAAGUUCAGUUCAAGAAUCGAAACAAAGAUCGAAGAAUUCGAGUUGUUCUUAUCUACAUUCAAUACCAGAGAAUUUUGUUUACAAAGAUGAAGAUAAAAGUAAGAAUGUGAAAAAAGUAUCUCAUAAAAGAUGUAAAAGAGAGUUAGAUUCUGAAUACUUGAAUUGUGCGGAUGAUUUAAAUAAAAGUCUUUUAUCAGAAAUCGUCAUAAAACGACGCAGAUGUCUAGAUACAGCAAAGAAAAUGAUGGAAAUUAAUUCGGAGUGUAAUAUAAUGAAAGAACAAAAAAAAUCAAAACCGUAUUGUAAAUCGACAUUAGAUAUUAAUUCAAAUAAACCACAAGAUAACAACAAUCAAUUUAUGAAGGUAUUAAUGUCUUGCGAGGAUUAUCAUAAUUAUUUGGAUGAUCGAUUAACAAUAUUAGAUGCAUCUUUAAUUAACUCUACGUUUAAUUCGACUAUAAAUAAAUCUAAUAAAAGUAAUAUUAAUAUUAAUGCGAUCACAAGUAAGAAGAAAGCAUCUCCAAGAUCAUCAUCCAGUUCUUUUUCUUCUAUGUCAUAUAAUGAAAAUUAUGAAAAAGUUUUAGCGAGAUGGAAUAUUCAUGAAAAUAAUGAAAAAAAAUCUGAGACAGUUGUGAAGAAUAACAAUAAGUCUCACUUUUUUACAACACCUGGAAAAAUGUUAACGAAAGAAAAACGCACACGAAAAAUGUAUUUCUCAGAUUUAUGUACAGGAAGAAAACAAAUAUCACCAUUGAAACCUUCAAUGAAUCGUAAUUCAAAUUACAAUACUAAGUUAUCGUCGGGACGUAUGUAUAAAAAUGAAAAUCUGAAGUCCAAAAAAGCAUCAUCUCUAAGAAGAUUAUCCAAGCAAAAUGUCACAUCUAUAACUAAAAAUAAAGAAAACAAAAAGUGAAUUAAUAACACGGUAGUUAGAUUUAUAAGCACCUAAUAUAAAUCUGGAUAUAUUAAUACAUUUUUUUUCAAUAAUCUUACUUGUCAACUCGUCAAAAGAUAUUAUGUUGGUAAUUAUAUUGUAGAAUUACACUUGCUAAUAACGAACAUAAUAAAAAGUGUAUAAUUAA